UCAUCAAUGGCCGAAUCAUCACCAUUGUCUAACAAUAGCAGCUCUUGCAUUAAUAGAGCUGAUCUUUCUGAAGAGGAAGUGAUGUUAGCUUCGAAUAACUCCAAGAAGCGAGCAGGGAGAAAGAAGUUUCAAGAAAUCCGACACCCAGUAUACAGGGGAGUGAGGAAGAGGAAUUCAAACAAAUGGGUUUUUGAAGUCAGAGAAACAAAUAAAAAAUCAAGAAUAUGGCUUGGAACUUACCCCAGUGCAGAUAUGGCGGCUAGAGCUCAUGACGUGGCGACUAUUGCAUUAAGGGGUCGUUUUGCUUGCUUGAACUUUGUUGACUCUGUUUGGAAGUUGCCUAUUCCUACUUCAUCUGACGCUAAUGAUAUUCAGAGAGUGGCGGCGAAGGCUGCCGAGGCUUUCCGCCCAUCUGAUCAGUCUGAAAGAGUUUCAGGAGAAUAUCCUGAAAUGCUAGAAAGUAAUAAGUCUUUUAUGGAUGAGGAAGCGCUCUUCUGCAUGCCGGGAUUGCUAACGAAUAUGGCGGAAGGACUAAUGUUACCUCCACCUCACUACGUAAAAGUUGGAGAUAAUGUGGAAACUGCUGCUGACAUGACUCUAUGGAGUUAUUCUAUUUAA